AAGGUGACGGACGGACUAGUGAUUCUAUUACUAAGUAUUUUAAGACAAUCAAAGCUCUACCAAAGACAAAACUUAGAACUCAUACUUGAAACUCCGUGCUUGGGACCAACCGCAACCAUCUUGAAGUACGCAAAUGUCAAAAUCAAUCAAAACCUACAAAAAAUUCAAAACAGAAACAAUAAUGAGCCAGCAUGGGUUUCAAUACAGUAACAUCAGGAUGGCCGCAUGAAUGGCGUUGGGACAUGAACUAUCAGUGGACUCGUUGUUCAAACUGACAUCGUUUCUCGCUUGGAGCUGGCUGUACGUAGGGUGCGCUAUCCAGUACCCUGACCAGAGCCCGGAAUGGAACUCUAGAGCAAUCACGCUCGUGCACGGCUCCGUGGCCACCGUUGUGGGGUUGGCGCAAUGUGGCAUCCGCACACUCUCACCAUGUCAUCUAACUAUGAAAGUGAUGCCAUGGCACUAUGCGUUGAUGGUGUGGUCGUGGGGCUACUUCGCGUUUGACCUGCUGUGGUGCGUGGUGUACUGGAGCGAGAGCGCGUUAAUGCUGUGCCACCAUAUUAGCGCGCUGAUCGCCAUCACGAUAUACAUGCAGAAACAGUACACCGGCUGCACCUUCGCCUGCACCCUGGCACUGCUCGAAAUUACUAACCCUCUACUGCAAAUAAGAUGGUUUCUAAAAAAUGGUGGCCAAAAUAAAACCGUUAUAUUUAUGAUAGUAGAGGUCACGUAUCUUGUUAUGUUUGUGCUGGCAAGAGGUAUCCUUGGCACCUACCUAAUGUACAAGAUCUUAAACUCCGACGUUUUCGACACCGAUCAAAAAAUAAUAAGUGUCAUAUUCUACAUAGUCUCGGCCGGCUUCCUUUACAACAUUUUCAAAUACGUAGAAUACAAAUAUAAGACCACCAUAGGUAAAUUAAGAGAGUACAUAGAUGGCAUUGUACUAAGCGAUAGAGUUUAAAAUUUAAAAAAAGAUCUACACACAAGAUGUUGAUUUGAAAUUUAUAUUAUAGAAAAGAAUAUUUCACUAGAUUCUGAGAU